AUGGAGCCCUCAUCAACGAGCGAGGAGAUUGGGAAGCCCCAGGAUAGUGCUUCCCCGAGCGAUCUUGUUGAUCUCGUAAAGAUUCGAGCUUUGCUCCAAGCAGAGGACGACACGAAAAUAUUCACGGGGCUUGCUCUUGUCAAGUCGCUGCUCGAUAACUCGCAACAACUUCGAGAUGACCAGGAUGCAAUUCAAAGUCUCUGGGGCAGUAUUUCCGCCAAGUUCUUACGAAGGCUGAUUCGGACCGGCUCUGCUUCACCCAACUCAAAUGGAAAGGACAUGUUAAACUUGGCCGUCUCUGUCAUGCACACCUUUUCCGUUCUCUUGCCAGCAGAUACCAUUAAUGAAUCCAAUUCGCCGGAAAUCAUGGAUAGUCUACUGAGGUUACUGUAUACUUUGUCAAGUGUACCGCAAGGAGCCAAAGCCAUUAUUGAAGUCGAGGAUCUGAGUCCGCUUACAGAGGCUGCGCCCUCUAGCCCUCUGGUUCUGGAUAUCAUUCUUUAUGCGUUUCUGAACACCAUGGGUACUCCUGAAGGGAAGCAGACGCUUGUGUCCCGUAUAAACGAUACGAUACAGAGCCUUGUAUCCUCGUUCAAGGGCACCGACUCCGUCACACUUCUUGAAUUCCUAGGCAAGCUAUUGCGACAAGUCGACUCUUCGAUAUUUCCGCCAAACCCCCAGUGGCUGGGCACCGUCAUAGGGUAUAUUCAAAAUCUGGUGAGAAGCCGGCCCAACCCUGAAGCACGGUCUGCAUAUACCAAUGCGACGGCUUCUUUGCUUCAAGUAUAUCCAGACGACGCCCCAAAGCUAUUAUUCACCGACGACAAGGAUGCGGAUAAGCCCCUCGGCUAUUUACUGGUCCAUCUGCUAUUGAUUGACAUCCGGUCUUCAGCUCCCACCCUAUUAGCGAAACUGAACAGUCCGGAAUAUCCAAAGAUUUCCAGAAGGCUGGCUUCGGCAUUCGAUACCACCUCUAUGUUUAUCGGCUUUCUGGUUCGAUCACUUGAUGACGAAUCUAUGGGGUCCUUGGUCAUGUCGCCUGACAGCCUUCUGAAGCUGCGCCAGACAAUUUCAGAGACUAUGUCGGUGUCGAUAGAGUAUCUUAGGGACAGGUGGGAUGCAUCAGUUGCAGGUGCCAUGGGCCUUCAUCCGGAAGCUAGAAGUGCCAGUACAGUGACAUCAAUGGGGACCAGGCAGACUCUGGCGUGGGACUCGAUGAAAGAUGCGGCGGAGCAAGACCCAUUUAUACUAUCUGCCAUCAGGGCAUUGGCGUUGUGGCUGAGAGAAGACGAGAAUGACUCUCUUAGAAAGGAAGCUACCGGUUUGACAGAUAUGUUUAUGGAUCUGUACACUUCGAAAACCUCCGGCGACCUAGAUUUCCGGUCGCCUAUUCUUGUUGCGCUUGAGCCGCUCGUCACAAUCAAACGGGGCAGAGAGAUCUUGUUGCAGAAUGGCGGAUGGAAGGUACUGACCCAAGACCUAACAAGCACCAUACAAGAGCCACUAGUCCGUGAAGACGAUCUAACACGAGGCAUCGACGUCAUUCGUGUUCUUCUCCUCGUCGUAGAGCUAGAGAGAGGUGGAGAUUCUGAAGAGUGGAUGGAUCUUAUUACAACUGUGGCAGCAUGGGACUUGCCUGAUGCAUCACAUAGCCCCAGCGUACAGGAGUUUGAGAUUUCCUUGUUGCAGCUCUGCUGUGUCAUUUUGACAAAUGCAAGCUCUGGAAGAAGAAAGAGAUACAAACAUUCGAUCAGCUCGAUUGCCGGGCUUGCCAGCCAGUUGGAAAGAAGCACCAAACCAACCGAUCCCUUGAGAGAGCAGUUGGAUGAUGUACUCGGCAUGCUCUCAGAAGUGCGAUAG